AAAACGAUCGUAAAAGCCAUAAGCCAAUAAGCCUCUCCCUCCCUUCCCUUCCCCUGCCCUCCACUGCCCUGCCUACAAAACGAUACUCUCAGCAAAUUCUCUUUGGGGUUCCCAUACACAGUUGAUGGACCAUAGUCUCUCCCUCCACAAAGCCCCUUCUCUCUCAUCUUUUUUACCAUCCGCGGUAAAAAAUUCGCAGGGGCCCCACAUCUUUACCCCUCCGAAUUCACUUUCCAACUUCACUUUUACCCACCGGAGAUCGCUUAGUACUGGCUUUACUUCUACUCCUUUCAAUAACGGGAAGGUACCAUCGGUCAAAGCCAGCGCCGGUGCCAGCCACUGUGAUUUUAGCAGCUUGAAUGCUCCGCUUGAGCCGAGGUCCGCUCCUGGAAAGUUCUUAAGCAGUGUUCUUCAGAACCAGCGACAGCUCUUCCACUUCGCCGCUGCCGAUGAACUUAAACAACUUGCCGGUGAUCGUGAUGCUGCCGUCGCUCGUAUGUUUCUCAGCUCUGCUUCCGAUGAAGCCUGUCUGCACAGAAGGAUUGCUCAACUGAAAGAACACUACUGCCAAGCUGCUGUGGAAGAUGUCAUGUAUAUCCUAAUCUUCUACAAAUUCUCUGAAAUCAGAGUACCUUUGGUUCCAAAGCUCUCCAGAUGCAUUUACAAUGGUAGACUUGAGAUAUGGCCUUCAAAAGAUUGGGAGCUAGAGUCUAUACAUAACCUUGAGGUUUUGGAGAUGGUUAGGGAACAUGUCAGUACUGUUAUUGGAUUGAGAGCAAACUCCAGUGUCACAGACAACUGGGCUACUACUGAGAUCCAACGGCUCCAACUAGGCCGAGUUUAUGCAGCCUCCAUCUUGUAUGGUUACUUUCUCAAAUCUGCCUCCUCUAGAUACCAACUGGAAAAAUGCCUAGCUUUGGCUCAUCAAGACCGUCUGAGUCGUAGGAACUCCCUUCAGUUUCCAGAUCUGUUGCCCUGUGGAUUUAAAAGGCUGGUCUUUGGCCAUGUUAGUGACCAGCAAUCUGUUUCAUUGGGUCAAGGGCCAGGUAGACAGGAAAAGAAUCUCGAAGAAUUAAGGUGUUACGUGAUGGGAUUUGACCCUGAGACAUUGCAGAGAUGUGCCAAACUGAAAUCCAAAGAGGCCAUAAAUUUGAUUGAGAAGCAUAGCUGCGCACUCUUUGGAGAUGAGAAGACAGGUGUGCUGGAGACUGGUGAGGUGAUUUUGACAUCCUUUUCAAGCCUGAAGAGGUUAGUUUUGGAAGCUGUUGCAUUCGGUUCUUUCCUUUGGGACAUAGAAGAAUAUGUUGACACCGUGUAUAAGCUGAAGGACAACUGAUUGGAUAGGGGGAGGAAUUAAAAAAGACAUAGCAGUUUGAGUAAAGUCUCUUUGUACAGAGGAUGUAUAUUUUCUGCUUCAUUGCUUUGGUUUGCAAGCACCCAGCAAUUUGCCUUGUAUAGCUAUAAGUUGGUAUUAUAAAUAAUGUACAGUAUACAACUUUUCAACUGUCUCUCGUUGCGGCAGUGGAGCAAUCACCAUUACUCAGUUUUUGAUGAGGUUUUGCACUUAUUUUCUACGUGGUUGAUGACAAAAUUUGAGAGUUAGCAAACCAGUGGUAGUUAAUGUUUCCCCUCAAGGGCAUAACUAUUAAAAUGUCAAGGGUAAAUGCAUGAUUUUGAAUUCUGAGGGCUUUAUUUUUGUUCAGAGAGUCUCGAAGAUGGGUUGAGAUUGCCUCUUCGAGAAUUGUGUAAGUAAAGAAUUUGACAGUGUUCUGCUGUAUUAAUUCCUUGGAUUAAUCUUUAAUGUAACGGCUGUUAGGAUCUU